UCUGACACCACCCAUUCGGCCACAACAAUAUCCGGGUUUGGCUGUGAUCAGACGCGCACGGACUGUCUGAACAUGUGAAGUCUGAAGCUACUCAGUUAAGGUUAUCAUAAAGACCCAAACAGAGGUUAUAAUAUAUUUCAAUAAUUACGGAGUCAUGGGCGGCGUAUACCAGACGCUGUGACAAGUUUUAACAGGUUGCCUGUCCCUGGCCGCGCAGUUUUCUGUUGUUUGCUGACUAGCUAGCUUGUAACAUUAGCUAACAGUGAACGUUGGAGCUUAACUUCGAUGGCGCGAGGUCGGAGGCGUAGUGGAAGGCAUGGUCCUCCUCAUGGCAGUGGCCCCCGUUACCCGCGGCAUCCUCAUGGUCCUUCCGAGCAAUCUUAUGGUGAUCCUUAUGAUCCUUAUCCCAAUGGUCCUCCCGAGCAACCUUGGAUGGGAGCACCACCUCGCGAUUGUCCUAAUCAAGACUUCAUGUACGGACGUCCACCGGACUAUCAGAUACCUAUGGGGCAAAUGCCAGGACCACAGUUCAUCGAAGAUCCAAGACCACAGUUCCUCGAAGAUCCAAGACCACAGUUCAUCGAAGAUCCAAGACCACAGUUCCUCGAAGAUCCAUAUUCAACGUAUCCAAUGGAUAUGGAGCCGAUGGGUUAUGGUCCUGUUGAUAACAUGCCUUUCGUUCAAGGUGCUGAUAUGCCGAACGAUUACCGUUUUGAAAUGGAUUGUCCACCUUUGGAUAGUAGACAUCUUCCUCCGAGGGAGUAUGAACACGGUCCGGAAAUGAAUCGUGAGUUUGCGCCUAUGGAGCGAGGAUUACCCAGGCCUAUGGAUUUCGAACCUGAUGAAUAUAUCCGUGAACAUAUAGAGCCCCGUGGAGGUAGGAAGCCCCGUGGAGGUAGGAAGCCUCGUGGAGGUAUGAAGCUCCGUGGACGUAUAAAGCCCCGUGGACGUCCAGGUACGGGUCACUUUGGAUCGGUGGAUCCUUGCGUUGCUCAGGAGGAUCAUUUCAGACCUGUGGAGGCUCAACCUGGACCUAUCGAUCGUCAUUUUGGACCCUCGGUCCACUGUUCCGAACCAAAAGAGGAGAAUUAUGCCUCUGUAGAUCAAAUGCGUGUCAAUGUUGGUCCCGGCGAACGGACCGUUAUCAUAGGUUCAGACAACCGAGAUGUUGAGAUGGACGGACAGUCUGACCCAGCACCACUUCCCUUUCCAAACGAGGGUGGACCCCCUCCAGGAGCUCAUCCUGCCCGCUUGCCUGGGCCAGCGGCCCCAUCACCAGCACCCCCACCAGAGCCCCCCAAGAGCAACACACCCACCCCAGAGACGCAGCCCAAAGUUGCAGCCUCGGCCCCAGCCACCGCCCCAAACAAGCCUCCCCUCGGACGUUCCACGGGGAUCAUCUCGUUCUUAGGGGUCAACAGCGGCAUCAUUGAAAGGAAUGAUCUGAAGAGGUUUAACUUCAGCUUCAAUGUUUUUAUGGGCAAUCGCAAGUUCUUGGUUCCUGGAGUGAAGGUGCAUUUCACUGUCUUCAAGAACAGGAAGAAGGAGGAGUUUGCCACUGAUGUGAUUAUUCCACGUGGGGGCACAGAGGAACUGGACAGUAAGGUGUUCGAGGGACACGUCAAGAAGAGUCCAACUGAUGCAAAGGACUCCAAUGGAGGCUUGAUCACAGCGACCCUCUUUGACGAGGUCCGGGUGCUGACGUUUGGCAGGGCCAACUGUGAAGCGACGCUGUUCAAGAACGACCAUGUCAACUUCCAAGUGGUUACCGAUCUCCUGUCAAGAGUGAAGAGAGCCACCAACGUCAAGCCACAAAUUCCCAUCACAUUUAAGUUCACCAGAGAGAAGAGAGAGAAGGGCGUGAUCAUGGACAUCAAGGAUGGUUCCUGCUCCAUCAUGUCUGAGAACCACAGCAACCUCUGGGCCGACAUGAGAGAGAACCUGAGUGAGGGGGACCUGGGAGUCAUGGACGAGGUGGAGUUCACCGCCAUCCCGGAGGGGGCUGUUCGGUUGCUGAAACUUCCAGAAGGCACAGUGACCUUCGGUUCGAGUGGCGAAAACAAACUGGCGAAGGAGAGGAGUGAAGUUAAUGACGCCGCUAUCAAGAGCAAGUGGAAGCCUAUUGCGUCAGAGCCAUCACCAGAAAAGGAAGUUAUGGAGGAUGUGAGCAGCAAACCGUACGAGGGAACAGUGCUCAGACUCCCGGCAAAGGACGAGGAGACAGUCAAGAAUAAAGCAGUUACUGGGAACAAGGAGCUGCUUCUUGGUAGUUUGAAGGCUGUAGUGGAGGGAGUGGAGAAGAAGCUGAGCUUCAGGGCGGACGAUGUGCUUACGAAGGCCACCAUGUUGAAGGGGGACAAAGUUCAGUUUAAAAUAUCCACCAACCCAAAGACAAGAGCUGAGAGGGCCGUCAGCUUGGAGAUCCUGCCGGACACCUUCCAAUGCACGGACACAGAGGAGCAACGCAAAAUAGGUGUUGUUGUCGGCCUUAGUAACACCUAUCAGUUUGGAUACCUCAAGUACCCACAGGACUCAGAACUGUACUUUAAAUUCUGUGAAGUGAUGGAUGAAAAGAAGCUUUCCCUCUCGGAGAAGGUGGAGUUCACUGUUGUGCCGAGGGCCACAUCUGGAACUGGCAACCAAGCCAUCAGGGUCAAGAGGUUUACAGAGAGUGUAUUCACCCCCGCACCAAAGCUAGAGGGUCUGGGGGCCGUGGAAAAAGAGAAGAAGAAGAUGACCAUCAACCUCAUGAAGGACCUCGUAAAGACGCAACCUGUGGAAAUCAAACCCAACCUCGUGAAGGGCCUCGUAAAGACGCAACAUGUGGAAAUCAAACCCAACCUCGUGAAGGGCCUCGUACAGACGCAACAUGUGGAAAUCAAACCCAACCUCGGCGGUCCAAAUUUCGCCAAGUCAAAAGAGCAGCCUGUCUGUCCUGAAAAUGAUGCGUUAAAAAAAGAGGCUGUGAAGGAGGACCUGGGUGAAGCCAAGCAGUCCAAAAACAAAGAAGAGUCUGGGACAAUGGAGGAGAGCAGCAGUAGCCAGAAAAAUAGCAAUCGCAUCUGUAGCAGAAGCCAGGACAGGGGUGUCAGCAAGACAAAAGAGCAGCCUGUCUGUCCUGAAAAUGAUGCGGUAAGAACAGAGGCUGUGAAGGAAGACCUGAGUGAAGCCAAGCAGACCAAGAGCAAAGAGGAGCCUGGGAAAAUGGAGAAGAGAAGCAGCAGCAGCCAGAAAAAUGGCGAUCGCAGCAGAAGCCAGGACAGGGGUGAUCAUCAUCGGAGUCACCGAAGCUCUAGCAGAGAAAGGAGACGAGGAGGAAGCAAUGAGAGGGGUGGUAGAGACAGGAGGAGUCGCAGCAGGAGCAGAGAGAGGUCUACCAGGCACAAGCAUAGCAGGAGUAGAAGCAGGGAGAGAAGCAGAGACAGAGUAAUUACGCAGUCCAAGAGCAAAGAGGAGUCUGGGAAAAAGGAGAAGAGCAGCAGCCAGAAAAAUGGCGAUCGCAGCAGAAGCCAGGACACGGGUGGCAGGUCUGAUCAUCAUCGAAGUCACCGAAGCUCAAGCAUAGAAAGGAGACGAGGAGGAAGCAAUGAGAGGAGCGGUAGAGACAGGAGGAGUCGCAGUAGGAGCAGAGAGAGGUCUACCAGGCACAAGCAUAGCAGGAGUAGAAGCAGGGAGAGGGACCGAAACAGGAGGAGGAGUCAGAGCCCAGGGCGUAGAGAUGAGGGGCACAGGAGGCGAAGCAGCAGUCGGGAACGUUCCUUCAGGAAGCGCAGCCGGAGUCGGAGUGGCAGUCGGGAGCGUUCCUUCAGGAAGCGCAGCCGGAGUCGGAGUGGCAGUCGGGAGCGUUCCUUCAGGAGGCGCAGCCGGAGUAGGAGCAGCAGCCCCAAGAGAAGAACUGCAACAGCCUCAUCAGAGAACAACACAAGCUCAAGCCCAGUCAGUAAGGAUCAGCCAACUCCAGUGCUGCCCAGCGGGAGCGCUAGAGGACAGGUGGUUGAGUCUGCGGUGGACAAGGAACUUGCUCGGAAGAAGAAGGAGCUGGAUGAGCUUAAUGAGUUGAUAGCUCGGAAGCGGGCAAUUGUCGCCUUUGAACAGAAGAAAAGAGCACCAGUUGUUGAUCCUAAAGAACAGACUGGCUGGAGUCCUCAGUCCUUGCCUUUGGUAGAGGAGCAGGUUCCGAAGUGGUUGCCUGUAAAUCUAAACCAAGAUGCCAGAUCGCCGAAUACACCAAUCAAGUCCAUUUUGAAGAAACCCACGCAGUCAUUCCAGGAGCCAACAUUUCCGCUUGAGAAUGAAGAUGUUCCUGUACCCCUGGAACCAUCAGUUUCCCAACCGCCCUCUGGCAAGCGUUUCCCCAUACCUUUAACCUCAGACAGCACAGACCUGUCUCUUCCUCGUCAGUGUGGUCUACCCUAUCCAGCACAUCUUCUGACAUCAGUGUCCACUUACCCUGCUGUGCUGGAGACGCCCUCAACACCACCCCCCUCUCACUUCACUGAGCCCCCCCUUCACCAGCGCCCCUUAAGCCCAUCCCAGCAGGAAGCGGGACCGGAGGCAAAGAGUAAUGUCAAUGUUCAGAUGCAGCGCCUUGUCAAGCUGCUCAACAAAGGGGUGGACUCCAAUCUGCUCUCUGCGAUGGUAAAAGAGGCCAGGGAGGAGAGCGCUGUCAUCGAGCAGCAUCAUAGCGUACCCAGUGCCCCACUCAAGGAGUCCCACAGGGACGAGUCUUACGACCCCUCUAAGGCCACUGAGGAACAGGAGUACUCUGGCCAGGACUACUUGCUUCCCCAUGAGGUGGCUCUGGAGGACGGAAGUGGCUUUUCGCGUAUUGUUGGCAUGAAGCCUGGGCUGUAUGUGGAAGAACAGUUCCUCAGGACGAAUAAGGUGGAGGAGGAGGAGCACUACCUUUAUGGUGACUCUGUUGCAGAAGAUGAACAUCAUGUCCCGUACAGCCAAGGCCCUGGGAGAUACAAACACUCAGUGCCCCCGGAGCAAUCCAGAGAAGAAACAAUGCCUAGACUGAGGCAACACAAAGAGGCAGCAUCAGAAGCUGCUGGCAAACAAGAGGGCAUAGAUCAAUCUUUAGUUAUAGACCUUCAGAGCUACCUUAAAACCGUAGGUUUGGAGCUGAAUUCCUCUGAGAUUAGCCAGCUGACACACAGGACAAACGAGCGGCUUUAUGGCGCUAAGACGGCCACAGCGUCGUCAGAGUCCAAAAAGCGCAAUCCUUCCCCAAGCCGCCGCCGUAGUCGUACCCACUCGUCAGACUCGUCAGACAGUUUUCAGUCAGUCCCUCCUGAAAUGCCACCCAAGCGGCAGGUGUUCAUGAGCUUCCGAGAUCAACCCCAACACGGCGCUAAACAUGACUCGCACCAAGGGAAGAAAAAGAAGAGCCUGGGCCUCCGUAACCUCACGAGGACUAUCAGGAAUACACCAGAGAGCACUAAAGUAGACUCCCCAGAAUCGACUAAUUACGCGGCAGAAUCAUCAUCAUCCUCUACUCUUCCACCCGAUUCAUCUCAAUUCACUUACCAACCUCCCACUGUCCCCGACUACGCUUACCCUGACGAAACCCCUUACGCAGGACCUCCAUAUGCUGAGCCCUCUUACACUCCCCCUGCAUUUGUAGUUGACCAUUCAGGUAUGCCUACACCCCCACCAAGUGCUUAUAACCCUUACGCAUUGGCAGCAGGGCAGGCAUAUCCAUUCCAGACAUAUCAUCCACCGCCUGUCAUAUCGCCGACUGGCCUCCCCGGACCUGGUCUUGCACCGCCGUCUAUGCCUUCAUCCUCCUCAUAUUAUUCCCUUGACUUCCUCCCCACUAACCCUUCCAGCAGCCACUCGUACAUGUCUCUUCAGCUUCCAGGCAGCACCAGUUUCCCUAUCCAACAGUCACAGCACAUCCAGAAGACGCGUGCCGCUGUGAAGACGCGUUGCCUCACAGUCAUCCAGCCGACAAAUGUUGUCGAAGCAUCAGUUGAAAUGAGUGAAACGACAGAUAACACAAUACUGGUUCAGCCAAAACAAGUCACUACACUCCCAAAGGAUGAAAUAACGGCAAAACGGAACAAAAGGCUGGAGCAGUUCAACCAGAGGAUGAAGGAGAAGAACUCGGAAGCUCGGCUAGCACGUGGGAAGAAAGAGUCCACAACAGGCAGUGUUACCAGCAAAGAGGUUAAGAAUGUCUGGAUUUGCGGUCACUCUCUCGUGACUUGGGCUGAGAAAAGGGCCAAGUCUCCAGAGUUUGGCAUGCAGCUGGGCAUGGAUCCCAACAGCGUGCGAGUUUGGUGGAAGGGGGUGCAGGGCAUGACGUGGGACCAGCUUGUGCCCCAGCUGCACCAGCUCAAACUGAACUGGCCCGAUCCAGACCUGCUCCUCAUCCACCUGGGAGGCAACGACAUCAACAAGAGCACCACAGAAGAACUGCUGAGCUCCAUCAAGAGGGAACUGAACUCCAUACGCAACAUCUUCCCCCAGUGCCUGAUUGUGUGGUCCGACAUCCUGCCGAGACGCUUCUGGAAGCAGGGCUCCACGCCUGUUGAGGAUGUUGACAAGGCAGUGGACAAGAUCCGUGACAUGAUUAACCGCAGAGUGCAUACUAUGGUCGCCGAACUAGGGGGAACAGCUGUUACGCACGAGAACAUUGGAUCUGAACUCUAUCGCCCUGAUGGUAUCCACCUCUCAGGGAGAGGCUUUGACACAUUCAACCUGAACAUGCAAGACUUUCUGGAGAAAUGGGAGAGUGAGAUCUACCAGGAAUCUAAAAAGCCUUAGAAGAUGAGUGAAUUAUGUUUUUGUUCAGCUUAUUCACUGUCCAUUCUCAGUUACUUCUUGUUUAUGCUGUAGUUUUAUACCUCCUGUACUCUUGACUUACGAAUGUAUUUCAGUUUUAUAUCGAACUAUAUUUAGUAAGGCCUGUACAGAAAAUGCCUGAUGUGUGUUGACACUGUUUUUUUUUUUUACAUUGUCCUCAAUACAAUUUCUUGAAUAAAAAAAUUAUCAAGUAAUUUUCCUGAUUGCGUGGAUUUUUUUAUGAAAAGUUUAUUUAGUUUAUUAGUUUAUUUUAUUCAUUGUCAUUCGUAUCAUUUGCAUUCAGUUAUUUUUUUUUAACCCAUUAAUUCAGACAGUGCUACUUGAUUUUUAAGUUUUUACACUCUCCGGCUCUUUUCAUGAAGCAGAAUAUUUAUACUAAACUGAUAUCAGGCAGGCAAACAGGCAAUCAAGUUUCAGAUGCCUCACACCAGCCACCACUUUAUCUUAACCUUCUACAUUUAACCAUCUGUUGACCAAAGUCCACUUUGGUUGACCAAACCAAAUACGAUAUGUGCUCUUCUUGAGUCUCAAGGUUUUCUAGGGAUCCCUUAACCUUGACUGUUCUUCGAAGUGUUGCUGUGUGCACUUCAGUUCUCUGAGGCCCCAUCGCAUCCUGAAGAGGUCAAAAGCAAGCUUUUUAAACCUACUUAGCAUAUGAAAGGUGAUCAACAGUACUGGUUAUCAGAGUACAGCUCUUGUUGCCAAACAUACACCAUCAACAGGUUUUUGGAGAGCCCAUAUAAAUGUGGACAGUUUUUCUAUUUUUCCUGGCGUUGCAGUCUGGACUGUUGUCUUUGUCAUUGCAAGCUUGAAAAACUAGAAGUGGAGAAAGCGUUGAGAAUCCUUCUCAUCCUUCAAAAUCAAGACUUUCCGAUGAUUGGGCAAUGGACAUUUUUAACCAUGUAAACUCCCUCCUGUUAAAUAAAUGUAGAAUGUUGUGUGUUGUGUAAUGAAAUAAAUGUGGGAUCGCAAUUAAUUUGGUGCACUGCUUUCUUUAAGUUGAUGUAGUGCAUCGAGGAAAGGCUUAGCUGGGACUGUAUGCUUUCUAUACAUGUAUUUUAUGCUUCCCUGUGGAAAUCGUCCAUACCUGGGGCAGCAUGCCUUCAAAUUGAAUGUGUUUCCCAUUGUGAUAUUAACCAGCUUUCUUGUAACAGCUUCAAGAUGAAUACUGUAGCAACUGAAACAUUUUUACUCACCCUCAUUGUAUGUUUUGUACAGUAUUAUCCUAUUUGACCUCCCAUACAUAAACCAGAGUCUGUGUUUGUAUUUGUAAUUCAGAUUAAAUAUUUUUCUGAUAAAUAAAGGUUUGUGUAUUUUCCAAAAA